GAAUAAGCCUUAGGGCUACAAAAUUCAUCUUCUCCAAUUUCCAUUGUUCGCCGCAAUUACUUCAACCUGUAAAUUCACAGAAUCUGCAGAAAACCAACCCAGAAGAAGAGUGAUGGGGAAGAAGAAAACCAACGACCCCAAAAGUUCCUCCGAAGAAGUCGCCAUUGGUUCUGCUCCCUCCAGCGUUUUCGAGACUCUGUUCGGCAACGUUGGUGCUGAAAGUGAUGGCGUUUCUAUCUUCUCCACUGAGAACCCUUUUCGUAGGAAAGAUACGAGUUCAACUCCUUUGGCGGCAGUUGCUGAAAAAUCUCCCAGUGGCGGCGCUGAUGAUCAUACUAUCGAUGAUGUAAAGAGUAGGAAGAAGAGCAAGGAGAAACGGGUUGGGAUGGAUUUGGAUUCUGCUGAGAAUGGUGUUAAAAGUUCGUCGCAAGUCAAGAAAUCGAAGAGGAAGGACAAGUCUCGGGACCGGGAAUUGGAUAAUGAAGUUAUCGAGAAGGAUGAUGAAGAAAGAGGUUUCCAAUCCCGAGGCGUAGUGAAGAAGAACAAAAGGAACGGUGCGGAAAUCGGUUCUGAAUUUAGCGGCGAAUUGAAGAUAGACGAACAAAGGAGUGACAGUAAACUCGGUGUGGAUGUGAAGUUGACGAAAGAGAAGAAGAAGAGGAAGAGAGACGAACUGGAGAGAGAGUACGAAGCGAAGAAGUAUGGUGCAUCAGAAGUAGCUGAAGAUGAAGUGGAAGGUUCAGGGGGCACUGUUGUUGGGAAGAAGAGGAAAGCGAUGGACGAUUUUUCUGAGAUGUUGGUAACGAAGGAAGGAUUUGAUGAUGAAAGCAAGCUUUUGAGAACUGUUUUUGUUGGGAAUUUGCCAUUGAAAGUGAAGAAAAAAGCUUUAGGCAAGGAGUUUAGCCAAUUUGGAGAAAUAGAAUCUGUUAGGAUCCGUUCUGUGCCACUUGCAAAUAGCAAAAAACCUAGGAAGGGAGCAAUUCUUUCAAAGAAAGUCAAUGAAGAUGCGGACAGUUCUCAUGCAUAUGUUGUUUUCAAAACGGAGGAAUCAGCACAGGCUUCUCUGUCCCAUAACAUGGCUGUGUUUGCAGGAAAUCAUAUACGUGUUGAUAGGGCAUGCCCACCUCGUAAAAAGUUGAAAGUAGGAAGUUCUCCAAUCUAUGAUCCCAAGAGAACUGUUUUUGUGGGUAACCUUCCAUUUGAUGUAAAGGAUGAAGAAUUGUAUCAACUAUUUUGUGGAAUCGAGAAUGUGGGAUCUAGUGUUGAAGCUGUUCGGGUCAUCAGAGAUCCUAAUGUGAACAUAGGGAAGGGUUUUGCGUAUGUCUUCUUUAAAACAAAGGAAGCAGCAAAUUCAGUAAUUAACAAUCAAAAACUACAGUUGCGUGAUCGAGCACUGAGGCUCUUUCAUGCCAAACCAAACUUGACAUCGACCCCGCUCAAGAAACGUAAUAACCCAUCUACUGAAGUCGAUCGCUCCUCAGCCAAGAAAAGGGCUGUGGAUUCAGGUUUAAGGACACCAGACAGCAGCAAGAGGGCAAAAGCUACGGUUGCAUCCUACCAGGGCCUGCGUGCGAGCAAACCCGUCUCCCAGAAGAAGAACCAAGCGAAAGGCAGUGGCACGAAAUGGACUAAAUCACAUUCCAACAGUAAGGAGAAGCGAGUAGAUCACAAGAGGAGAAGACCGGAGGAUUUCCCGGAGAGUACGAGUGAAAGGAAGGGGAAAAGACCGGAGAAGAUGAGUGAAAGGAAGGGGAAGAGACCAGCAGUUGCCAACCGAAAGGCUGUGGCAAAUGCAUCGAGAAAUGGCGUUGCAGCACCGAAACAAGGCGGGGUUAAACGCAAGUCUGAUAGCCGAACGCCAGAGAGCUCUCACAGAAACAAAAGAGUCAAAAGGUUUCGAUAGAUAGGAAACACAGGAAGGAAGAAGUUGAUGGAGUGGAAUGAUCUGAAUACUCUUAGCUUUCUUUGUAUUCUUUUAUGUGGUUUACCAACUCACUUUUGAAUUAAGCAAAAGUUAAUAUUAAUCAGGUUUUAUAUUAUU